AUUAUGGAUCAAUCAUAUCCUUAAAUUAAACCAAAUCAAGAAAUUCUUAAUUAUGAACCAACUGCUGAUGAGAAAAAAACUAAAAUUGGAAAAUAUACCAUACGAAGAUUAUUUGAAGGAGAACUUGAUGAAUAAGAUAAUGCAGCUAUUAAUAAAUUUAUUCAAGAGGCCGGACCUUUCCCCAAUCCUAUUUGGACAAGGCCAUAAAUUUUAAGAUUCUUAUAAGCGAACAAUUUUAAGAAAGAUCAAACAGUUUAAACUAUGUAAUAAUAUGAAGAAUGGAUAAAAACUUUGCCAAUCAUUUACGAUUAGUAAGUUGAAUAAUUUCUGGUAACUUUUAUCAAUAUAAAAAUUAGAAAGCCGGUUAUAUCUAUAUCUAAGGAAGAGAUCACUCAUAUAGACCAAUUAUAGUACUUAAUGCAUAUAAAGUUAAUUUUAAUGAAAUGAGUCUUGAGUAAUAUUUAAGGGGAUUGACCUAUUUUUUAUAAGUAGUAGUUAAUGAUAUGAUGGUACCAGGCAAAGUUGAAAAUUGGAUUAUUUUGAUUGAUCUUGAUUAUAAAGGUAUGAUUGGACUUCAUAUAAAUGUAAGGAAAAUAAUUAUAAUUUUGAGGCUUUAAAAUAAGUGAUGUCUUAUUUAUAAAAUAAUUACAGAUCAAGAUUGUAUAAAAUGUUCAUAUUUAAUACAACAAUGAUGUUAAAUGUAACUUGGAAUAUGGCUAAAUUAUUUUUAGAAGAAAUAACUUAAUAAAAAAUAAUAUUUGUAAAAGGAGAUGUAUAAUAAAAAAUAAUAAAUUUAGGUAAAAUAACUACUUUAAUGUAUGAAUAAGGAUUAGAUUGAAGAGAAGUUUGGUGGAACAUAAGUAAAUAGAGUUGAAUUUUGGCCUCCAUCAAUAAUAAGUUCUAAUUUCAAAAAGAAUAUUUGAUUGUUGUGUUUUAUAUUGGGA